AUGAUUAAUAAAUUUUAUAAUAGUUGCUCUCGGAAGCUUUAUAAACAUAAAGACAAAUUACUAAGACACUUUUUUAGUAAAAAUGAAACAGUAAACAUUUACCAAAAUAAUUUUCAUAAGAGUUUACACUUUGUAUAUGAAAAUUCAAACCACAACAAAUUUAAUGAAUAUCCAGUAUUAUAUAAUGAACAAAAGAGACACAAUGACAAAAAAAGUAAUUACAAAACAGAAAUUGUUAUAUUUGCAAAUAUAUUGGGGAUAAGUGUACCUUCAAAGAAGGAUGAAAAUAUUGAAAAUAAAAUUACAAAUAUAAAAAAAAAUGAAUUUAUUUUAAUAAAUAAUAAUAAUAAUAAAAAGAAUGCUAAUUCUCAAGAGUCUCGUAACUUAAUUGGGACAGAUGAUGCAUUCCUAGAAAAGAAUAAGAAGAAACCAAAAGAUGAUAAAUAUGAAUAUUACCAAGAAUUAAGUGAAUAUAGUAAUAUGCAAAUAUUUUCUAGUAAUAGUCAUCAUGAAUUAGCGAAUGAAAUAUGUUCCAAUUUAGGAAUAAGUUUGGGCAGAGCAUAUGUUGGAAAAUAUAGUGAUGGGGAAAUAGCCCUUCAAAUAAUGGAUGAAGUUAGAGGGCGAGAUAUUUAUAUAAUUCAUUCUACACCAUCAGGUGGUAAAGAUGUUCAUUCUCGUUUAAUGGAAUUAUUUUUAUUUAUUUCAACAUUAAGGAGAUCAUCUGCGAAAAAAGUUACAGCUGUUAUACCCUAUUUAAACUAUUCAAGACAAACAAACCAUUUAGAUGACUAUAAUUAUGUACAUUCAUUGGGUGCUCCUGAAAUAGCAAUUUUGUUGCAAGCUUGUGGUGUUGAUUCAAUUAUUUCUGUUGACUUACACAAUCCGAGAAUUGAAGGAUUUUCUACGCAUGAAAAACUUUUUCAACCGUCCCUUAUGAAUAUUAACCCACAAUCAUUAGCUGUAGAAUAUUUAAAAAAAAAAAAACUUCAAAACCCAGUUAUUGUUUCUAUUGACAAUGAAGGCGCAGAGAGAACAAAAGAAUUUUGGAUUCGAAUGAAAAAGCAUUCAAUUAAUGCAGGGUUUACUACCCUUGUCUCUAGUUCUUAUGAUGAAAUAAAUAGUAGGGAAGGACACCCAAGUAAUAAUAGAAAUGAACCAAAUAAUGUUUCCAGUAACAAGCAUAAGAACAUACCUUAUACAGAUAAAAAAAAAAAUAAUAUUUCAUUUAACAUACCAGAAAAUAAAAGCAUCGAUAAAAAAAAUAUAAAUAUAUACGAAAAAGAGAAAUUUACAAUAGUUGGAGAUAUUAAAAAUUGUGACUGUAUUUUAAUAGAUGAUAUUCUUGAUACAGGUGAGAAAUCUAAAAAAGUUGCUUCUCUUUUAAAAAACGCUGGAGCCAGAAAAAUAUAUCUUUAUGCCACCCAUGCUAUACUUUCUGAUGGUUGCAUUGAAAAGAUUAACGAAUCAUGUAUUGAUGAAGUUGUAACCACAAAUACCAUACAUAUUCCAAGCAAUAUAUGUUGUGAAAAAUUACAUAUUUUGUCAGUUGCUAAAUUAGUAGCUGAAGGAAUUAAAAGAGUUCACAAUGAAUAUUCACAGAAUGCAAUGGAAGAUUUCUCAGAUGGGCAAGUGGAAAUGAAGGCAUAA